AUGAAAUCGAUUUCAUAAUAAACACGAUCUCUUCUUCAUAAAUAAUAGGAAUUCGGAUUAAUAGAUUCUAGAAUUUCUUAAUUAAAAUAACAAUUAUAAUUGUAAGAAUCAAACAAUCAUAUUAUCGAAUUCAAAGUUAAUAAAAUUUUGGAAACAAAAAAAAAUGCAUCCAAAGAUUAAUCUGAUGUAUUAUCUGUACUUUAUUUAUCUAGUAUAGUAGAAGAUUAGAAAACCUAAAUUAAGAAUAAUAAAACAGAAACAGUAAAAUUAAGUUAUUGAAACACCUUUAAGAGGAAGAUUCAAUAAGAAAAAAAAGAGAUUUAGAGGAAGAGAAACGACUUGAAUAAGAAGUAAUGAAAGAACGAUUAAUGCUAUAUUAAUUACAAUUUAAACAUAGUUAAAAUGAAGAACUUUAACUUAAAUAGCAACAAUUCUAAAAGGUAAAUUAGCAUCAUACAUAUUCUUGUAGAUUUAAGAAUAGAAAUUUAGAAUGAAAUAAAAAUUGGAUUUAAGAAGAAUUGAAAAAAUUGAAAAUGUUAGAAAUUCUUAAAUAAAGAAGAAAGUAGAACUUUCAGCUAAAUUUGAUAUGUAAUAAUAAGAGUACUAAUUAAAAAUUGCAGAAGAAUAAUAGUUAUUAAAGUAAUUAUAGGAUAAAAUAUAUAGAAAAUUAUCGUUCUCUUAAUUGAGAUUCUAAGCACUUAAAGAUGAUCUUGAUUUAGCUUAGAAGAUAUCUAUUAGAGAUUAUACAAAUUCUGCAACAAAUCAAGGCUUUAUCAAACAACCUUUUGAUUAGACAAAAAUUUAAAAAACUAUUUUGACUAGUCCUUAUGCUUAAAUACCAUCAAUAUUAAAUUAGAAGUAUGUUUCUCUAUAUAAUAUAGGGAUGUAGAUAAAUUAAAUUUGUUCUCUAAAUUAUUGAAACCUACUUUCAAAGAUCAAUAAUAAGCAACUGAAAGAUUACUUAAGAAUAAAAAUUAAACUCAUUUCAAUACUUAACUUUCUGAUCGAACACAUACAAAAGAAAAUUCAUCUAAAUUUGAUACAGAAACAAGUUAAACUCAAAAAACUAAAUUUUAAUCUAUUAAAAAAUAAAAUCCUAAGUUGUAAGCUUCUCGUAAAGUUUCAAGUAAUCUUAACGAAAAAAAGAAUACAGAGAGAAUUAUUUCGAAUUCUUAAAUUAAAUCAAAUCCUUAAAAUAAUCAAAAGGUUGAAAAAGGUAAUAAAGAAAGUAAAUAAAAAAAUAAUUAUGAAGAAGAUAAUAAUAAGGAUGAUAAUUAUGAAGAUGAUAAUUAUGAAGAUGAUAAUUAACCUGAAUAGCAAAAUAAAAAUGAUUUACAUGAUUAAACUUAAGAAUAAAACUAAUAAAAUGAAGAAGAAUUUUAAGAUUAAGAUCAAUAUCCAGCUGAUGAUGAUGAAGAAUAGUGA